AYAAAUACCUCUCAAAGUUUGAUCAAAUAGACGUGAAUGUAAAGGCGGUCGUGAAAGAGCAUUCGAAAGGUAUCACAAGUGUCAACUCCGCGCAAGAUUUGUAACCUGUUAAUCUUUCACAUCAUGACGUCACUAAGUUACUGUCACAAACCAAGAUCCAACCCUCUUGACAACCGUACAGUAUACCAGAUACUCGAUGACAACGCCACSAAACAYCCURRMAAAGAGGUCUUGGUCUUCUACGAUGCYAACSRSCACCGUUCCUCCCUGACCUUCCAACAACUCAARGAUCAGUCAAUUCAGUUUGCAGGGUCUCUUUUAAGGCUUGGMUUYAAACGAGGCGACAGGAUCUUGCURUACGCUGCCAACAGUCUUGAAUAUGUGGUCAGCUGGAUGGCUAUCAACCGUGUUGGAGCAUGUGCAGUACUUAUGUGUCCAGGUGACGUCGAGUGGCAGGAAGUCGUACUYCUUAAGAGACUGGGUUGUGCAGGGCUMAUCUGUGGCCUAGAAGGACUUCCCGAUGAGCAACGAGGGCGUAUAGUUAGUGAAAUCAUGGAAAUAGUGCAACAUAAGAAGGAAGAAGGCCAAAACUACACAAAUGUCAUCAUAACUAUUGGAAAUUAUCAUGCAGACAUCAAUCACCCACGUAUUUUACAAUACGAGAACCUCAUCCAUGAUAASACUGACCAAGCGGAAGUGAUUGCAACCGGAAGAAGAGUUCAUGCAGAUGACCCUGCCUUUGUAUGUUUCACUUCCGGCAGUACAGGCGAAGCUAAGGCCGUUGUUUACACCCAUCAUAGUAUCGUGAACGCCGUCAACCUUGCACUUCCAGGAAUGGGAAUUGAUGGGGACAGAAAAAGCUUCUCUGGAUGGCCAAUGUCAUGGGGCAAUGGAGCACCAGUGGUGAUAAUAGCUAUUGUGAUAGGAUUCACACAUAUUAUAACAUUACACAAUAAGAUAACGAUGAAGGACUCUUAUAAGUUCAUGUUUGAUAUCAUUACCAAGGAGAGGUGCAGCGGUUGUAGCAUUGCUCAAGAACAUGUCCAUCAGCUCAUUGCGGAGAAGUUUCAAGAAAAGCACGAUUUCAGAGCGAUUUCAACUUUGGGAUUUGGCGCCCAAAUUGUACCCCGAAAGACUAUCCAGGCUUUACUCGAUGCCUUCCCWAAAAGGAAAGCCUUACUAGUUUACGCAGCAACAGAGGUCCUUACAGUAGCAAUUCAACCUCUUUCAUUUGCGACUAUUGACAAGAAAGAGGACUACGGCAAGAUGUACAUUUUUCCAGACAUCGAAGUGAAGGUCAUCGACGACCAAGGUCAAGUUGUACCUUUAGGAACCAAAGGAGAAAUCUGUGUUCGAGGACCAAAGAUGUUCCUGGAAUACCUGGAGGAUUCUGAGGCAACCGCGAAGACCAAGAAAUCAACGGGAUGGGUUCACACUAGUGAUUAUGGCAUCAUGUAUGACCGAGCAAGAAUCAAAGUACUGGGCCGACAAACUGACAUGAUCGUCACUAKUCACCAGGCCGUCUUCCCUGUCGAAGUUGAAGAGAUUCUUCUCGAGAACCCGGAUGUUCAAGACGCAGUGGCUGUUGGUGUCCCAAAUAAAGACAGCAAAGAAGACAUCUGCGCAUGCGUCAUCGAAGUUCCCGGAUCUAAUCUGGAAGCGAGGGCAGAUGAAUUGGAAAGGUGGUGCAAGAAAGCGUUUGAAGAAAAUGGAAAUUCUAUUCCAAAACCAAGCCAUUAUCUGUUUGUUAAGGAUUUUCCUAUUUCAGAUGCUGCAAAAAUUGAUCGUCGAGAAAUCAAAACGUUUGCGAAGAAAAAUUGUAGAUUGUAAUCAAUUUUUAGUAUUUUAGACUACAAUUUAUAGUUAAAAGAUUGUCAGGGUAUUUUUCACGGAUUUUUACGGAUUUUUCACGACGGGAAUGUGUCAGUAUAUCAUCGAUGAAAGGAGGGUGUCUGAUCUUCAUAUUGCGAUCAUACGUAAAUCAAUAUUCCAUAAAUUACUGUUUAGCAAAUGUUUAAGAUUGAAUUCCACUUGCGUAAUAAAAGAUUCCGUAUAGAAUACGUACGGAUUUUUCACGACGG